AUCGGCUGAUGCCUUUCUUUUUGUAUCGCAUAUGUGUAAGCUAAAUAAUAUGUUUAUGUAAUAUAAGUAUAAAAGUAAAAAUAAACGACUUUAGAAUUUCUAUCUUUGCCUCUGUGUAGUCUUGGUGCUGAGAACUCAAAGAGCCUAGAAUGAAGUCGAAAGUCCUGUUUCUCUCUCUACUGGUGGUGGUCGUGGGAGAUCAUCCAGAACCGCCAGCUGCAUUGCGGAAUGGACCUCCCAUCAACCCUGAUGAAUACUCAGCUAAUUAUUGGAUCAACGAAGCCCAGACUGCAAUCAAAAAGCGCAGUAUUCGUGACCAUGACGUGGAUGUAGCUCGCAAUCUUGUCAUAUUCCUAGGAGAUGGCAUGUCGCUUCAGACCAUAGCUGCGGCUCGAAUUUUGAAGGGGCAAAGGGAUGGAAAAACUGGCGAAGAAGCGGAACUGUACUUUGAGAGCUUCCCUGCACUCGGUUUAGUGAAGACAUACUGCGUGAACCAGCAAAUUCCUGACUCUUCAUGCACGGCUACCGCCUAUCUCUGUGGUGUAAAGGGUAACUACGGAACUCUUGGAGUGACGGCUGCUGUCAAAAAAAGUGAUUGUAAGUCGUCGGUCGUUGAGGGUAAUCGUGUGCAGUCCAUAGCUGAUUGGGCCCUGGCCGCUGGCAAAGAUGUUGGUAUAGUAACAACAACGCGAGUGACGCACGCUUCGCCCGCCGGCAGCUAUGCUAAAAGCGCCAGCAGAAAUUGGGAAGCCUAUGCCAAUCGAGAUGUAGACUCUAAGGAUCCAGUAAACUGCAUUGAUAUUGCGCAGCAACUCGUAAAUUCUAACCCUGGCAAGAUGUUCAAGGUAAUAUUGGGCGGCGGCAGGAACGGAUUUCUUCCAAAAACGACAUUAGACGAAGAGGGUAUAUAUGGGAAGAGACAAGAUGGUCGCAAUUUGAUCGAAGAAUGGCGGCAGGAUAAAAUUGAUCGUAACGUGUCCUAUGCUUAUGUGUGGAAUCGAAAUGAACUGAGAAGCCAGUUUGACACACCGCCUGAAUAUUUAUUAGGGCUUUUUGAAAAUUCACAUAUGAAGUUUAAUGUUGAAGCAAAUCAGGAGACAGAACCCACACUCACCGAGAUGGCAGAUAUAGCAAUCCGUAUGCUGAGUCGUAAUGAGAAAGGAUUCUUCCUAUUCGUAGAAGGGGGGCGUAUAGAUCACGCUCACCACAAGAAUAAAGCACAUAUUGCACUUGAUGAAACACUUGAAUUCGAUAAAGCCGUUCAAAUGGCUGGUGAAAAGUUACCCGAAAAUGAUACUCUUAUUGUUGUAACUGCUGAUCACUCUCAUGUUAUGGCUUUCAAUGGGUAUUCUGCCCGUGGUAGUUCUAUAGUUGGCAUUUCUGGUCAAAAAGAUGCUAAUAAUAUACCAUACAUGACUCUCUCAUAUACUACUGGCCGCGGAGCGCGACGACAAGUUAGUGGUGUCCGCACUGAUAUCACGAAAGAGGCAAAAUUCGGUCAGUUAAUGUGGACUUUCCACGCUGAGGUACCGCUGAAAAAUGAGACCCACGGCGGAGACGACGUGGCGGUAUUCGCCCGCGGGCCACACUACCGCAUGUUCGCGGGGCUGUACGAGCAGAGCCAGAUCCCGCACAUCAUGGCCUACGCCAGCUGCAUCGGGCCCGGCCUCCACGCACCGGGCUGUAACUCUGCAACUUCUCCGCGUUUCCCUCUCCUCCUUGCUGCAGGCACCGCAAUCUCUGUUUGCAUUCAUAACUUUUUCGGUGGACGCACCAUUGAUGAUUGCAAUGCCAGUAUCUUCGUGCGAAUCACUGCUGUUUUAAUCAUUAUUAUAAUUAUUCUUUAAAUAAAUUUUACAGAAAUAAGCUUGACAAAACAAUGGUUGAUUUUUUUCAAGUUAACGUAAAUUACUAUCAUAAUUAGUAAUAUUUUGGAGGCUAAUAAAUUGGUUUAUUCUUAACCAUACACAAAAAUCAGAUAUUUAUACUGCAAAGCCGCUUGAAGUAGGUAUAUUACGUAUGAGAUUGUACCAGUACGUGAUACGUGAUAUUACAUAAUUCUAUACGUGUGAUGUUCGUGGGCGUGUGUUGGUCACCAAUAUACUGUAAACUCUAUCAGAUAAAUAGACGUCAUAUUACAUCUAUAUCAAGAUAUGCUGGGAUGUCAACUGCAUCUAUGCCCGCGAAACCUUCACUAAUCUCGACUAAUAUUGUAAGUAUUAUAAAUAAUAAAGUGUGCUUGUUUGUCCUUCUUUCACAUAAAACCGGAGUAAUAAAAUGAAUUUUAAAUAAAAAAAUAAGAUAAAUUGUGCAAGCUCGAAUUCGUCAAAUUCUUAAUCUUAUUUAAUAAUUAAAUAAUUCUUUCUUAUUCGUUUCUUUUGC